GGAAUUAAGUAACCUUUGGAAAGCUGUGCAGUGGACCGAGGCAGCAGCAGUCACCACAGGUGGCAUCCUGCAUCCACCAGAGUAGAAAAGAAGGAACAGGAAGGCAUUUUAGAAGUGUUGUCACAUCUUCAUUUCUCUUCCCUCUCUACAUUCUUGAGAUAUGACUUCUGCUAUCUUCCUGGCCAUGCUCUGCUUGGGAAUAGCUUUAUCAUCACCAGCACCUGAUCCCAUUUUGGAUGUUGAAUGGCAGAAAUGGAAAAUAAAAUAUGGAAAGGCAUACAGUCUGGAGGAAGAAGGACAGAAGAGAGCAGUAUGGGAAGAAAAUAUGAAAAAGAUCAAACUGCACAAUGGGGAGAAUGGCCUGGGAAAGCAUGGUUUCACCAUGGAAAUGAAUGCCUUUGGUGACAUGACACUUGAAGAAUUUAAGAAAAUGAUGAUUGAAAUCCCAGUCCCAACUGUCAAGAAAGGGAAAAGUGUCCAGAAACGUCUGUCUGUUAACCUGCCCAAGUUUAUAAACUGGAAAAAGAGAGGCUAUGUUACUCCUGUGCGGACACAGGGAAGAUGUAAUUCUUGUUGGGCUUUUUCUGUGACUGGUGCCAUAGAAGGACAGAUGUUCCGGAAAACAGGCCAACUGAUCCCUCUGAGUGUACAGAACCUAGUGGACUGUUCUAGGCCUCAAGGCAACUGGGGCUGUUAUUUGGGCAAUACAUACCUUGCAUUGCACUAUGUGAUGGAAAAUGGAGGUCUAGAGUCUGAGGCAACCUAUCCUUACGAAGAAAAGGAAGGAUCAUGCAGGUACAGUCCAGAAAAUUCUACUGCUAAUAUAACAGGCUUUGAGUUUGUUCCAAAGAAUGAGGAUGCCCUAAUGAAUGCUGUGGCAAGUAUAGGGCCCAUUUCUGUUGCAAUUGAUGCAAGGCAUGCAUCUUUCCUGUUCUAUAAAAGAGGUAUAUAUCACGAGCCAAACUGCAGUAGCUCUGUUGUCACACAUUCUAUGUUACUAGUUGGCUAUGGCUUUGCAGGAAGAGAAUCAGAUGGCAGGAAAUAUUGGCUGGUCAAGAACAGCAUGGGUACAAAAUGGGGCCGCAAAGGCUAUAUGAAGAUUGCCAGAGAUCAGGGAAACCACUGUGGAAUUGCUACAUAUGCCCUUUACCCCAGAGUAUGAACUGCCUGGUGCUGACAAGGAAGGAAUUGACAGAAGACACCAUGUAGAGAAGAGGCACUUGCAUUUCAAAAUAACGGGCCACUGCUGUGUAUAUAAAACACUACAGUUAUUGAAAAGCAAGUUGUGAUGUGAAUUUUGUGAUAUACUUAUUCUCAUAAGUCAUGACCAUUACUGUAACUGAGACCAUACACAGGUUUGUAUUUGAUUUCUAUAACAAUUUUUAAAAUUAAUUUAGAUUUGUCAGUAAUAUGUUGUUCUAAGGAUGUGUCAGGAAAAUAGCAAGCCAGGGGAAAAGUCAUUACACAUUGCCAGAAUCUUGCAGUUCAAAGUCCAUGUGCAGGAAAAUAAACCUUGGAGAUGAAAAUGUGUUUAGUGACACUGAAGUAGCAUUUUGUACAUUUUUUAAUUAAGAAGGUAAAAACACCUCUGUAAGAUAAUGUUUUUAAUUAGAGGUACAAUGUAAGUUAAUUUGAAAUAUAUGCCAAUGUCUUCAUUAUGUUUCAACACAGAGAACUAGACAAAAUUGAAAUCUUGCAGAAGGUUUUGAAAAAGGUUAUUUGUCUUAAAAUAACUGGAAUGUAAUUUAUAAAGCCUUUGUUCAUUUGUACCUUGUUAAAUGGAGAUAGACAAAUGUGAAACUCCUCAGAGCAUGCCACAUCCCUUAAUGGGAAUCCCAAAUGAGACCUGAGGUGAAAGACAUUGAAGAAAGGGGCCCCAGGAUGAGUGUGUUAUCCCAGGGUUAGAGUGCUUGUUCAGCAGGUGCACCCCCUACUACCAAAAACACAAGAAUGAAUAAAAGGUGGUCUCUGUC